ACGGUGACGCCCGCGAUAGGUCACGUGAUACAAUCGUUGGCGCUUCUUUAAAAUCGGCGGUCGUGUUGUUUUUAACGGACCGUCUAUGUAGUCGCAGUUGGUUGUUACAGUAAACAAGCGUCGGUGCUGCUGAAUGCGCGUGGUUCACGGGACGUAAUAGAUUUUCGCGCAGUGCCUUGGCUCCUCUGCUGGAUGCGUCACUACGUAUGACCUGCGAUGGCCGAGCGUGCAAGCGACGAGAACACGGAACCCGACGUCACCUCGCGGAGGCCACCCCGGCGCUCUUCGAUUCUCAAGCCUGCCCGACCGAUCCUCGAAAGCGUCGACUCAAACGUGACUGAAGACAUCGCCGAGCGGCGCCGACUGUCAAAGCGUGUCAGUUUCUCGGAAACGCAUCAGAUAAAGUUGUUCAAGUGCGAACUAUCUGGAGAACAUGGCUCCAGCUGCGAGAAUGCACUGGAAGCUGUCUCGGCGACCACGGCUGGGAACAAGACGCUGCCGAGCAAUGCUGCUGAAGACCUCGUGGGCGAGGCAGUGCAGUUGCUGCAGUACGACCACACACCUCUCGAGCAGAGCUUCUACCAUGAAGCCGACGACAGCGAUGUCGAGGCCGCGUCCCCGACGAAAAGGGCAUCUAUUCUAAUGGAGGAAGCACAGUCUUGUCUCGUGUUCGCUCAACAUGGGGACGUCAGUGUUGCCUAUGACGGUGCUGGCAGCCAAUUUUGCCCUAACACGAUCUUGACCCACAGGACUAUGGACAUUACUUGUGUUGGUGCACUCGCAGUUGACCAGACCACCACAAAACUGUCAAAGACAAUGCUUGCUGACAAGAGCAUGGAAAUGACAUUUGCCGGUACCUCUGCUCAUAACCAGACGGCUGCAACAUUGUUAAAGACAACAUUUGUGGCCAAAAGCAUGGACAUGACUCUUGCCAGUACCUCUGCACUUGACCAGACAGCUGCGAAUCUGUCUAGAAACCACAUCUUUUCAACUGAGGCGAUGGACAUCACCGCCGGACCACAAGACACCACACAGUUUGGCGGCGAUGCCACAGUGCAUCUUCAAGACACCGUGAACAUCACUUGUGCAGUUGAUUCCACAAGUUUUGUAACAGGUGCUGCUAAUGAUAUGGACACUGGUGCUGUUGAAUGCGAUGGUGGGGGCACAGUUCACAGCGUGGUAAUCCCCGCCCCUGUUUCAUCUGCUGGCAACAUCUCAAGCACAGCUGGGCAAUUUGAUCUUGCUGCCUUUGUGGCAUCGACUCGCCGCAAUAAUUUCUCCGACAUAAUGGGCAGGGAUGCCGUAUGUGUCGCAGAAGCAUCAUGCACUCAAUCUGGCCCAUCUGUCCCUGCUCCUAGUGGUGCAACUUGUUCCUACACGAGCGACGUGGGCAUGGGGAAUGUUGUGGAAGAGACGGGCAACAGAGGCCUUUUACCUGUGGAAACGUUGGCGGCGACUGAUUACUCGGCAGUUACCAUGAAUGUAACCGGUCUUGACGUAACUGCAGGGUCACCCUUGGCUAGCUUCGCUCAGCUGCCGAAUGCGGAUUUGUCUUCUGCCUCAUGCACCGAGCCAAACGCCAGUGCCCUUACUUCCGGCGAGUGCAGAACCGACAUCCAAUGUUGCACAACUCUCGGGACAUGAUGGUGACUUGCGGCGUUGCGGAUGCUUUCUGCCUUGACUCUCCUCCAGGUGUAGUCGGGCAUUUGCCGUGUCUCGGCACAAAUCCUGUCGGCGCCACCAACCCGGGCACUUACGAGGAUGACUCGGAAGAUUUAG